UAUGUUCAAUGUGAAUGACGAAGAUCGUGCCAAUAAUUUCGAUAUUUUGUUCCAACUGAACUUGCUCUUCUCUCUUUUCCACACACACGCACACACACACGCGCACACAAUUCUCCUCUCUUUGGCAUUUCAUCAUCAUUCGACUGCUAUUCGUUUGUGUAUGUAUGUGUGUAUGUGCCUUAGUACCCAUACCUAUGCCCAUACCCAUACAUACACAGUAUUUUACCCAAGCUUUCUGUAAUCGCCUUUUGUGGGCAUCGCUUCCAUUUGUGUGUUUGCUUGUGGAACAUCUUCCGAUUUUGACAUAGAGCAUUGGACUCUGUCUCUUUCGUUUGCCCAUCCGUUAAAUGGUUGUCGCCACUUGUUCUAGUAUUGGUUAUCGUGUUCCUUGUGUGUUUCCGUCGCUCAACGUUGUAUUAGUGGCUGCUCCGUUCAAUGUACGCGCACUCGCACUGGCUACGAUGUUGAUGGCGCGCGCGCAGGCGCUGUCAUCAUUAUCUCGAUUCAUACGAAUAAUGUGGCAUUUGAGUGUUGUCUACAAGUGUACGAAAUAGAAUGGCACUAGUUCAGCUGUUUGUGCAAAAUGUGAGUGAUAUAUUAUGUGGUUGACUGAAACGGAAUUUUUGGUAUAGAACAAACACCCACUAUAAUAUUUUAAAGAGCAGCCCAAUGAAAAAAGACACCCAAAUGAAACCCCAAAUCAUUUUCCACCGGACUGAAUGAUAUCGGUGAUAUAAUUAAUAAAACGAAAAUAGAAAGCGUUACAUUUAAUCUGAUGCAAUUCGAUGAACGGUAAACGUCAGAUAUCAGGUGUUAAUGAUUAUACAAUAGCGUGGUGUAAGUGAAAUAUUUUUUUUCUACCAGAACUCGGGAUCCAGAGUAAGUCAACAGUAGAAAAUUCAACAAGGAAAUCCUUCGUACAGAGACAAUAAACGCUGCAUCUUUUUCUCCGCAAAUUAUGUGCACGUGCUAUUCACUCAAACCGACUAGAAUGAAAUAUAAAUGAAGAAGAUAGAAAAAAAAUAAAAUUAUCCGUAAGCAAACAAAAAAUCCUUCACACCGUACCUUUGAUCACAUACUUACAUGUGACUCAAGGCAAUAAUAAGUGCAUUAUAGAAUUUUGAAAUUGUGUAUCAUAAUCUAUUUGUGCUGUGUGUAAAAAUAUUUUCGUAACUUAUGUCGUACCGUGCUCGAUUCGUCCAUGUGAUUGCGUUAUUCUUUUAGUCAAGUGAAAACGAAGAGAUCGGCGUACAAUUUUUACAUAUAUGCAAAACUGAAAAUGUUCGGUGCGGCUCAAUUCAUUUUCUUGUCGUCAUCGCUCCUGAUACACCAAUUGUGAACCAUUUCGUUCAAAUUCAUAACAAAUUGUUUGGUUUUAUCUUUCAUUGAAAACACUUUUUAUAAAUACUUAGAGAUCGUACGGAAAAAGGCCAUAAAAUUUGGAACGCACGUACGUAUCAUCAACUGAAUGUUCAAAUGAGUUUCUGUGUGAAAGAGAUACAAAAAAAAACAAGAAUAAAAUAAAAACAAAGCAGCAAAAACCAAAAUCGUGAAAGGUCUUUCCAUUGACUGAUGUUUUGUUUUUCGGUGGACUGACGACACAAAAGCCGUGAAUAAUUAAAUGAAGUGCAAAAAUAUUUGAAGAUUGUAAAGGGCAAGAUAAAACCAUAUAGAAAAAACAAUUUAUGAUAAAACAGAAAAUAAAACAACAGCAAAGCCAUAUUCAUAAAACAUUCUACGUGUGGCUAGACGAAUGUUGUAGACAUCAAAGACGUCGUAUGAAACGUUAAAUUACAACUACGAUAAUUGAAUGUGCUUGCAAGUUAAUCGUGUACGCAACUUUAUAUCUUCAGGCGAUUCAACGAUAUUUCGCAUAGACAGACAGACACAAACACACCAAUCUAAUCUACAUUAAAGCAAUUUUCAACGAUUUUUAUACCAAGAUCGAAAGUCGCUCUAAGAAAGGAAGUUCAGAGAUUAUUGACGAGUAAUUUGAAAGCCGUCAAAAUUCGAUCGUUAAAGUGGAAUAAAUCGUUUGGUUGCGCAACGACAUUAAUUGGGUCGCUUCAGAUCGCAUUCGAACUGAUCAAAAUUCGGCUCCUACCAAUACUAGCCCCGAAUUUCCCUCCCAUCAUCGAACUGUAUCUAAAAGUUCAUUGCGCGACCAGAUAAAAAGAGGAACCGUAUACAAAGGAGGGAGGCAAACACAUACACACACACUGAGGCUAUUCCGGUUGCAUCAGGCCAAGGAGUACAAAUGAUAAAUGGUCGAAUAUCGGCUAACCGAUCCAAAGUAGGCUCCACAUUGCUCAGUGACAAACAAGGCCACGCGCAAGUGGUCCUUUGUUGUUCCACCACAAAGCACAGUUCAGCAACGCUGUACAUUGGCGUGACAACGUAAUUUUUUUUAACCGAUUUUACCGCUUAACCAAAACCAAACUAAUCAGCUGACUGACCGAAUUCAUCGCACGGUCAGGGAAGGUGGGAAUCUAGAUAAAACGGUUUUUAUAUGUCAACGGUUGUUACUCAGGCUGAAUUUUGCGCCACCACGGUUACGCAAACUGAUUACUCCAUCUCCGCAGCGUCGUCCGCUGUUUCGUCAAAUGAUUUUCGGCGAGCAUGGAUAACGCCACAUCCGGAAAGUUUGCCCGGUUUAGCGGAGAGAAAUUCCACACAAAAUCAAUAUGCUGGUACCAAAUUGACGGUUUCUGAUGCCAGCAAAUCGCCCAGCCCUUUGCAACAACAGCAACAGCAGCAGAAGCAACAGCAACCAAAACAACAAUCCAUCGAUCAUGAUGACGAAGUGGCACUACAUCCAUUAUCAAAUCAGGUUGGAGGUCACACGCGACUUCUGCUCCUGAAUCAGAGUACGGUCAUAAAACCAUUGAAUAUUCGUGAAUUAGAUUUUUAUCAGAACAUUCCAUCGGAUAUUCAACAAUUCGUUCCUAAAUACAAAGGCGUUAUGCAAGCGACAUCGAUGAGCGGAUUCAAGCUGGAGAAACGUUACUCACCAAGCUUCCACGAAGACCCCAAUCGAAAACCGAGCGCAUCGAAACGGAAACGUGAUGAUGUUUUACGAAUGAAAGUCCAUAGGAAUGGAAAUGCGAUGGAGAUUAUUAAAAGUAUUUCUCAAAUAGACAACUCUAACAAACAAUAUUUUCUAAUGCUGGAGAAUAUCACGUCACAAUUCCGCCAGCCUUGUAUAUUGGACUUGAAAAUGGGGACGAGACAACACGGAGACGAUGCAUCGGCUGAAAAGCGCAGUAAACAAAUGGCAAAAUGUGCAGCAAGUACAUCGGGUACAUUAGGUGUGCGAUUGUGUGGCAUGCAAGUAUAUCAAGCCGACAUUGAGCACUAUAUGAAACGCGAUAAGUACUAUGGCCGUGAAUUGAACGAGGACGGAUUCAAAAAGGCGCUAUACAAUUUCUUCCACAAUGGUUUCCGAUUGCGAACAAGAGUUGUGCGAAAGGUUGUACAGAAAUUGGAUCAAUUAAGGCGUGUGAUUGAACGACAAUCCAGCUAUCGGUUUUAUUCGUGUUCAUUGUUAAUUGUUUACGAGGGCUAUGAAGAUCCAAAGGAUAUGUUGCCAAUGGAUGAGGAUGUGUUGGCAGUUACCUCACCAACUGACGACAUACACAGUUCCAAAGGCGAAGGUGAUAAUCAAUCAAGGUCAAUUGAGGAUGAUUCACACAGCGGAAAUUGUUCGUACGAUGCAGAUGCAUCAAACGAUUCCAUUGAAUUGAAUUUAUCAUUGGAUGAACAACAGCCUGAUACACAAUCAAUCCAUGUAUACACCAGCCACACACAAUCGAACCAUUUACCGCUAUCGCUGGCGUCAACUGAAAUAAAAUUGACAACGACAACAACAGUCGAUAUACCAGUUGAGCAGCGUGGGCCGGGUGAAUCGGCGGUACGCGGUGCAUCUUUAACACCGUUUGUUCCAAUCAACGAAGAAACGGUUUUCCUUGAUGCUGACCCCGUAACAUCGUCUGGCAUCUCAACAAUGUCAAGCCCAAUGUCAUGCGACUCGUGGAUGAACUAUAGCAGCAAUAGCAGUGACGAUUUAUCGGCCAUAUCGGAUCGAAUACAUGCACACCAACAGCAACAGCAGGACAGUUCCGAGGAGAGUAGCCUCGAAUUUGAUACAUCGCUGGCACAAUCGACACCGAAAGUCAAACGUAAUUUCGAUGUUGUAAGUGAAUACACGUUGGUCGCCGGUCGUGAUUCAUCCAAUACCGGUUUCAAUGCGUCGGCUGAUGCAAAUGGAGACGAUCACAAUACCAGUGUAAGCCAAUCGAAGCGAUUACGUGGUCAAUCGACAAGUGCUACAACCACAACACCUACCGCUACAGUAUCGGGCAUAGUCGGGCCAUCGAAGCGAAAGGCACUGCAUCGCAAUAGUUCGUUGUCUGGUGCCAUUUGUGAUAUUCGAAUGAUUGAUUUCGCUCAUACGACAUUUAUGCGAAAGAAUGACCAAAUGUCUAGUUAUGCGAAUCCAACGACGGUGCAACAUCAAGGGCCAGAUAAUGGUUUCUUACGCGGUAUUGAAAGCCUUCGUCGUCUCUUAACAGAUAUUUCCAACGAUGAUGAGAUUGAAAAUGAACAGAACGAAACGGUACAGUGCAUAUCGGAGAACUCUGUCGAUGGAUUAUCGUAAAACGAAGCAAUCGAAUAAAAAGAGAGGAUGCCAGCAGAAGUUAUAACUGUUUAUUAUAUGACAUUGGAACUGUACCACUUUUCAAGUGUCACACGAUAUGUGUGUGAUUGAGUCUCACUUCAAUCAAUAGCAAUCAUUGUUCAUUCAAUCACCAGAAAUAAUUCGGAAUUUUGACUUGUAACUGAUUGUUUGAUUGUAUUUGCCGUAAAUUAUAACGAGAAUGAUGAAGAAGAAAACAAUUCAACAAAAAUGAAAGCAAGAA